CAAAAAUGGGUUAACAUUCGAUAUUGGUAGACGACGCUACCCCCUCCCCGUCAGCGUCAAAUCUUUUUUCCCCAAUAACGUUAACGUUCCGUUUCGUUGAAUGCCGCCAGUUUUGACGUUUCCUUGUCUUCCGUGUAGUGUUGGUCACUCUACAGUUGGGCGUUGUUACUUGUUAGGGCGGUGGUUGAUGCAGUGAUGCUUGCUUAUUGAGAUGUAGGUCGUGGUGGGGUUUGGUAUUACGAAUUUUGGUGGAAAUGUUUUAAUAUGCAACAGUGGUUUGAAAAAUGUCCAUUUUAGAAGAGCCAAAGGAUUACAUGAAAGAACCAGUGGUUUUCAAGAAAGAGUUUGGUGAUUACACGGCAUUUUAUAUUGCAAUAGGUAUUUGCACUGUUUUUGGGGCAUUCCUCUUCUUGCUGAAUAUAGUGUUCUGCUGCUGUUCAAAGUACAAAGAAUAUUGGAAGGACAGUAAUACAGGCAAUCGUUGGCUUGUGUCAAUUUGGACGAAAACUCCACAUCAUCAGCCACCACUUGACCUUACAGAACUUGAGGAGUGUUAUAUACCCUCAAAACCGAUUGCUGCUGAAUAUCCUCAGGAGUAUUUGGAACUUCAAAAGCGUGAGAGUGAUCUCUAAUCUGCAAUGGCUUUCCAUAUCUACUGGCCAGCUCUGACAGUAUUUACCUUGUUUAUUCUGGGGAUUAUUAUUGUCAUGCUUAAAUAUGGUCCCAAAAUAUGCAAAACACGACACACAGCAAAACCAACAGAGUAUGA